AUGCGUCCAUCGAUUCUCGUUGGAUUCUUCUUGCUCACAUUAUCUGGUAUCGGGGCAGUUAGUGUGGCCAAAAGUACUGAUAAUGAUAUUGUAUUGAAAGUUUCAACUGAUAAGCAAACAUCUCGUGAUGGUCAUCAUUUCACUGGUGAAUGGUUAGAAUCUCCAUGGGGUGACCUCUAUCAAUUCCGUGCUGGAGAUCAAAACUGGCUGGUCGCUCGUGAACACUGUCUAUCGUUAAAUGCCGAUUUGGCAGCCAUCCGGAACGUCGAGCAGUUGGACUGGAUCUUAUCGCAUUACGCUCCGCUUUCGUCUCGAUUCGGUCAGCGUCUUGUCCAGAUAGGAUUGUAUGCUCCAGAAGGACAAACACAUGAAUGGAAGUGGUUGAAUGGAAAUGAAAUCAACAAGACUUUACAAUGGAGUUCUGGAGAGCCAUACGAUCAUUCUAUGGAAGGAAGGGAAAGAUGUGGAUUGUUGAAUGUUGAGAAAAGAGUUUUAGAUGACGUGGACUGUGAAUCCACAUCUCCCGAUCAUCACGCUCAAAGAUACAUUUGUCAGAGGACAAGCGAGAGUCACAAGCAGCAGCAAAGGUCCAACAAUUACAUCUGGCAGAAAAUUGAAAAUCUGUUCAGUUUCUUCGGAAUAGGAGGAUCCCCAACUCCACAUAAUGCGACUGUAACCAACACAAAUGAUUAUGAAGAUGAAGUUGUGAAGAAUGAAACUUCAACUGCCAAGUCAGCUGUAAAGUUCAGUGAUAGUGAGGAAACUUCAAGUGAAGAAGAGGAAUCUGUGGCGAAAACUUUAGCUGCACUUCCAAAAAUUGAAGGAUCCGGAGAGUCGACUAGUUUGAAGGAAUUACAGGAACCAGAAGGAAGUGGCCAAAUUGUUGAUAAGAAAGCAAUUGAAGCAGCUGAUUUAAUACCUGGAGUUGAUGAAAAGAAACUUGAUAAAAUGAUUGAUAAAAUGGAAGAAAUGAUUAAAAGUAUUGAUGAUCUGACAGUUCCACCGGCUGGCUUGGAGAGAACUACAGUAUCCACAAUUGUUGUGAAAAAAGAAGAGAAGUUUGAGGAAAAGAAGAAAACAGAUGACAAGAAAGAAGAGGAACAUAAAAAAGAUAAAGAAUUAAAUGAUAAUAAAAUAUCAGAAAGUAUUGAAGGAGAUUUCGAUCAUGAGCAGUCAAAAGAUAUGCCGAAGGCUGAUAUUGAACCACCAAAAGAGGAAGAUUGUGAUGAGGAAGAGGGAUCUGGAAGUGGUGAAGAAGAAGCAGCGGAGGAGGAGGAAUCUGGAGAGAAGUUGGAAUUGGCUCCAGAGAAGGAAGAUAAGAUUAAAGAGUUUUUGGGUGUUUUAAGAUUGUUCCUUGAUCGUGCUGAACAUGGAGAUUUGAGAAAACUUCUCGAUGAUCAAAGUGGAAAAACUCUUUUGGAAAGAAUGAAGAAUGCUGUGAGAGAGGCCAACAAGAGAGAAUUUGAAAUGUUAGAAAAGUUGGAGAUCUCCAAGAAAAAAGGAGAACAAGAUGAAUUAGUGACGAAAAAAGAUCAAAUGAGUACAGAAGAGCAGAAGGAUUUGUACAAGAAAAUCAGUUCAGCUGUGAUGAAAGCAGCGAAACUUCAUAAGAUUGAAGAGAAAGUUCAAGAUGAGCAAGCUAUGGAGAAGUUCAACAUCGCCAAAGUAAAGGCAGACUCAGAAGAGGAAUCGGAAGGAACGUUGGAGGUGCUGAAGUCGGCGAGAGAGGGUAAAGCUGAAAAGAAAGAGAAGGUUGGCGACGAUGAUUACUAUGGGGAUUAUUUGGAUGACAACAAUGUGAUCAAGGUUCAGAAUCGAGAGAAAAAGGAUGCGAAGAAGGGGUCGAAAGAGAAGAACGCCUCGGAAGAUAAGAAGGAAUCGGGAGAGAAGAAGGAAUUGAAGAAGAAGAACGAACAGAGUCAUUAUGAGCCUAAAAAGGAAGAAGUUGAGGAGAAGAAGGAAAAGAUGGCCGAAGAAAAAGUUGAUUCGGAAGAAAAGAAGAAGGAAGAAGAAUCGGUGAAAGAAGAGAAGCCAACUGAGGAGUUGAAGAAGAAUCAAGAAGUUAAUGCAGAAGAGAAGAACGUUUUGAAACAAAAGGAAGAGGAAGAGAAGGCAACUGAAGAAACAACAACGACGACAACAGAAGAGAAAGAGGAAGAAACAACAAUUUCAGUUGAGCAAUCCGCAUCGGUUUCCUCAAUUAAACCUGCUGAAGCUGAGGAGGAUGAAGCUGAAUUGGAGGCGUCUGGUCAAGAAGAUAUCGUGACAACCACUGAAUCGACUACAGUUGCAAUCAAAGAAGUUCCAUCGGAAGAGAUUGAGAAAAUUGCAAAACUUGAAGCAAAGCAACUCGUUGAAGAUGAAAAGGUUACUGAGGAGACAAAAGAAGAGGCAACGACAACAAUCCCCUCAUCCUCUACUGAAUCAGAGAAGACUUCUCCUUCAACAACAACUUCUGAAGCCACGACACCAACUUCAACAACACCAGUGACCACUACAAAGCCGGUUACUGUUGCCAUAAAAACUGUGAGCCCAGAAGAAAUGGAGAAGCUCUCAAAAAUAGAAGCAACUGAAAAAGUGACACUUCUUCCACCGCUUCCAACAUUCACAUUCCCAACAUUAGCCCCAUUUACUUUUCCAACUCUACCUACACUAGCCACAGCUAAGCCAACUCCAGCCCCAAAAGUUCCAACUUUAGAAGAAAUUCUUGGUAACUUGAACGAUCAAUUUAAGAAACUUCUGUCCCCACCAAAGCCUUUGCCACCAAAGUAA